UGUAAUUUUCUAGCUUUUCUUUUCCCUUCGGUCAAGUUGCUUCCUCCUCCGCCACCACCAUCGUCUCCAUUCUCGGCAAACCCUACCAUACGCUCUCUUCAAUCGAAGCCACUCUCAGUCUCAGAACUGUUGGAAUCUACUCAAUCGGGUUACAAAAUCGAUAAUCUUGACCUCUUUUUUGGUCAAUACAUCUGACGAUCCUUCUUCAUUUCGCUCGAGGUUUUGGUCCAAUGAGUGCUACUGAAUCCAUAUCGUCCUGUGGUCGAUGUGGAAAGCCUGCGAAUCUGCAGUGUCCCAAGUGUGUGGAACUGAAGCUUCCCCGUGAAGGUGCUGCAUUCUGCACUCAGGAUUGUUUCAAGGCUUCAUGGAGCUCUCAUAAGUCAGUUCACCAGAAGGCAAAGUUAUCAUCACUUGGGACAGGGACUCCAGCUGAGCAAAAUUCAGCAUCACCUAAUGAAGGGUGGCUGUAUUGCUUGAAGAAAGGACAAGCUAGAACUCCAAAAAUUCCAUUUUUUGAUUGGACGGGGACAUUGAGGCCUUAUCCCAUAUCAAGUAAGCGUAUUGUACCUGACCACAUCGAUCUACCUGACUGGGCAAUUGAUGGAAUCCCAAAAAUUGAGCCCAACAGUGAUUUGCAGCAUAUUGUAGAGAUCAAAACUACAGAGCAAAUUGAAAGAAUGAGAGAAACUUGCCGAAUUGCAAGGGAGGUUUUGGAUGCAGCUGCUCGUGUAAUUCGACCUGGUGUGACAACUGAUGAAAUUGAUCGUGUGGUUCAUGAGGCAACUAUUACUGCUGGAGGAUAUCCAUCUCCACUCAAUUAUCACUUUUUCCCAAAGUCUUGCUGCACGUCAGUUAAUGAAGUAAUCUGCCAUGGAAUUCCUGAUGCCAGGAAAUUGGAGGAUGGUGAUAUUGUAAACGUCGAUGUAACUGUCUAUUAUAAAGGUGUUCAUGGUGAUCUCAAUGAAACAUACUUUGUAGGAGAAGUUGAUGAGGCUUCUCGACGGUUGGUCCAGUGUACUUACGAAUGCCUGGAGAAAGCGAUAUCUUUUGUAAAACCUGGAGUACGAUUUCGUGAAAUUGGGGAAGUCAUCAAUCGGCAUGCUACAAUGUCAGGGUUAUCUGUGGUGAAAUCAUAUUGCGGGCAUGGUAUUGGAGAGCUGUUUCAUUGUGCACCAAAUAUUCCCCACUAUGCCAGAAAUAAAGCAGUUGGUGUCAUGAAGGCUGGGCAAACCUUCACAAUUGAACCAAUGAUUAACACAGGGGUUUGGCGUGAUCGGAUGUGGCCCGAUGGAUGGACUGCUGUUACUGCAGAUGGCAAACGAAGUGCUCAGUUUGAGCACACUCUUUUGGUGACAGAGACUGGAGUCGAGGUUCUUACAGCACGGUUGCCUUCAUCCCCCAGCAUGUUUCCUUGGCUAAAAUCAUAAGAAUGUUGCCUCUCCAAUUUUACUGCCAGUUGACAUUGGACAUAGGUGGCUAAGAGCAUAAAAUGGUGACGGUCCUUUUUUUUUUGUUCUGGUUGACAUUGAAGGAAGAGAAUCCAUUCAUGAACUAUACUGUCAGUAACAGAUUAUAAACUAUUGUGCGGGGACUUCCAUGCCUUUUUUUUUGUCUUUUGGGCUCAGUUGUAUUUGUAAUUCGCCAGAUAAUAAAAGGUCUUUGAAUUUGAACUAGAA